AUGGAGACGGAUGAAGCAGUACCCGUGAUCGGGAAUAAGUCCGAAGAACGGCAAGAAGACCAGCCAAACAGCACUAACGACUCGGAUUCGGCUGUGGAAUUGUGGUGGGAGACAUUUUUGAAACAGAAGCGUGCUGAAGAUGCAUUGGACGCGGAACUGCGAGCCGCCUGGGAGAACUGCAGUCAACGGCGCUUGAAGUUUGCACGUGAGGUUCAAAAGAUUACCGAGUUGUACCAACCCAUUGAGAAGUUGUUGCACACUGUGCUUGAGUCGGACAAGAUGCAUCGUGGUGAUAACCUCUAUCGUGAAUGGGACUUAAAGGACCGCUGCAUUGUCUUGUGGGUUGAAUUAUUCCGUCUAAUUUUUAGUAUGCGGUCCGUCAAAUCGAUGUCCUCUGGUCAUUUGUAUCGUUUAGUAAAACAAUUCACAAUGACAGAAGAAUAA